UGAGCAUCGGGUUGUGGUUAAUGUUGUCCAAGCUUCCCCAUACCGGCAGUGCGACCGAUGGAGAGUUCCAAGCUUACCGGCGUCACGACCCUACCGAACCAGCGUCUCCUGUGGCCAGAGACCAAUGCACGUCGGCAUCUGUUUCAUGGUCUAUCGGUGUUCCUAGCGUGCUUAGCCGGGUACACAUGGUGGACGCUGCCUGUAUCGACCACAAACAACACAACCAUUCAGCCAUCACAGUCAGAUUUUGCUUGGGAUGAGAUCGUCCCCUCCUCAUCACUGCAAUACUAUGAUUGCUUCAAGGGAUUCCAGUGCGCCCGUCUGGAGGUGCCGAUGGACUACCAUCGUGCGGACGGUCAGGGCCAGCGCUUGGCGAUCGCCAUCACUCGUCUUCCAGCAAAAGUGCCUGUCACAGAUCCACGCUACGGCGGGGCAGUACUAAUUAAUCCCGGAGGCCCUGGUGGCUCUGGCGUUGCCGAAGUACUCCUCGAUGGCAGAAACCUGCAGGCCAUCAUGGAUGCAGAGACAGAUCUCAGUGUCGAACCUCGUGGAGAGUACGUACGCGAUAAGUACUAUGACGUGAUUGGGUUCGAUCCUCGCGGCGUAAACAACACCACCCCGGGCUUCAGUUGCUUUCCCAACAUAUUCGCGCAGAGGAACUGGGAACUGCAGGUGGCGGCCGAAGGUAUGCUGGGGAGUGGGGACGGUGCGUUUCGACGCAACUGGGAGCGUGCCAUCGCUCUCAACAUGGGAUGUUCGAACAACCUGACCACUCCGCCUGAGGGCGGAGAUGAGGCCUUGGGGGAGCACUUGAACACACCCCCGGUGGCCCGGGAUAUGCUGGAAAUCAUUGAGCGACACGGGGAGUGGCGUGAGAAGCAAGGUGUAGCGGCACAGCGACAACAUGACCGGGCCAAUGGGUACGAUCAGCAUCAGCGUUUCGUGGCGCAAACCAGAUGGAGGCGCGGUCAGGAGAAACUACUGUUCUGGGGCCGUUCUUACGGGACUGUCCUGGGCGCCACAUUUGCAACACUCUAUCCCGAUCGCGUAGAGCGCGCUGUACUGGACGCGGUGGUCGACGCGGACAAGUACUAUUUUGAUGAUGGGCCCAACCCCAUUAAAGAUGCCGAUGCCAUCUUCGACCGGUUUACGGAAUACUGCGACACCGUCGGAUCAGAAAAGUGUCCCUUGUAUUCAGAAGGCGGAGCCUCGGCUAUCAAACAAACAUAUCUCGAGCUGGAGGAUGCACUAUAUAACGCCUCCUUGCCUGUGUUUUCAUCAUCUACCCGAGGGCCGGAGCUUGUAACGUGGAGCGAUCUCAAGAAUAUUCUACGGCAGGCCAUGUACCAACCCAUAGAGGGCUUUCCACCUCUUGCACAAUACGCAAGUGAGUUGGCCCGGGGCGAUGGCGCCGCAGUGGCAGAUCUGAAGAGCAGCGCCCGCGUGCCAUUGUGUCCUUCUGCGCAGUGCGUCCAGGCCGGGCCAUGGUCAGCAGUUUGUCAGGUGCCGGAUCAGAAUGAGGUAUAUGCUAGUUCGGCGGUCCUCUGUACUGAUGCAGUCUACCUGCAGAAUAAUGAUGAAGAGAGCUUUCAUCGGUACUGGAAGACAUUGAAAGAAGACAGUUCCAUGUUUGCAGAUUAUUGGGCUGGUCUCCGUCUGGGAUGUGUGAGUUGGAACAUCACACCUAAAUGGCAGAUGUCAGGACUUGUGGGAGGCAAUACGUCCCAUCCGUUACUUUUUGUGAACAACAUCCUUGACCCGGUGACACCUUUGAGCAAUGCACAGAAAAUGUCACAGAGAUUCCCUGGUUCUGCCGUUUUGCAGCAAGACUCGGAGGGACAUUCGACUCUAGCUGCGCCCUCACUCUGUGUUGACAAGGCGAUCCGACAGUACUUUCAAAGGGGGGAGUUGCCGCCGUCUGGGAUGGUCUGCGAGGCCGAUCUCAAGCCUCUAAUUGGCAUUACUGCAACUGCAAAGACCUCCAGAAACGCCAGCGAUCAGAAACGGUAUGAGAAGCUCCUCAAGAAGGCACACAACAGGCCCUGGACGCGAUUACCAUUAUAGUGGAUAUGAUUGGCACCCGCGAUUGCGGGCCGUAGGAUUCCUUGUCUUAUCGUCAUGAACCUGGCCUCCACUUCUCUCUCCGCAUUUUCAAAGGAUCUUGUACUUACUAGUACGAACUCGGGAACAAUAGCGAUAUCCUAUACGACAUGCUUAGAAUACCC